UGGGAGACAAGGCCUACAUCACUACCUGAACAUAUAAGCCUAAUUAUCCUAGCGCUGUAUCUUGGACUAAUGGGUGGCGGUGAGAUCUUAUAUCGUAGAUUGUAGGUUGUAGGUUGUAUUUGAAAUAAGUCGAUCGUGCACGGAAAUACUUAUUUCAACGGCUGUCUGUUACUUUGAGAUCAUUGGAGUUGACUACCUAACUCAACUUCUCUAUGUGGUAGACAUCGGCCGACUCUAAAGAUGAAGUGGAUUUCACUCUUGCUUCAGGCAGGACUUUCCCGGGCCGCUCUUCGAUUCGGAUGCUCAACUGUGUCUAUCCAACGUUUAGAUCCGCUUGUUGAGCCCGGCGCUAUUCCUUCAGCUCACGUACAUCAGAUUGUCGGCGGAAAUGCCUUUAACGCAACUAUGACAGGAGACAUUGGCGAGCAGGGCAGUUGUACGACAUGCGCCUACACUGAAGAUUUCUCCAACUACUGGACUGCGGUGCUAUAUUUUAAGCAUGAGAAUGGCUCCUACAAGCGUGUACCGCAGUACGCAAACGCUCAAUUAGGUACCGAGGGUCGUGAUGCUCCUGAUAUUAAGGGUGGCAUGACCAUCUACUAUACUCAGAAGGACUUCGAUGGAAAUGGAGACCAAUACAUUACCGCAUUCCAGCCCGGUUUCCGUAUGACAGUUGGCAAUCCUACCACAAACACCCUCGAGGCUGCAAAGGCCAACAAAGGCCUUCGAUACACCUGCCUACAGACAAUCUUAACCCGAGGUAGCGAGACUCCAGACUUUCCAAAGCAGCCAUGCCCUGCUGGUAUAAUGGUAAUUCACCACUUUCCGAGUUGUUGGGAUGGAAAGAACCUUGAUAGUCCCGACCACCAGUCUCAUAUGUACAAUACCAACCCGGGAGCCUUCCGAGAAGCGGGCCCAUGCCCAGCCUCGCACCCCGUGCGUAUGCCUCAGGUCGCGUACGAGACCAUAUGGAAUACGACUCAAUUUGAUGGCAUGUGGCCCAAAGACGGAUCGCAACCUUUUGUCUGGUCGUAUUCGGACAGCCUAGGAUACGGAACGCAUGCCGACUAUGUGUUUGGAUGGAAAGGCGAUUCUUUGCAGCGUGCUAUGAAUGAUUCCUGCAUGUUCCAUGCAUGCGGUAGCCCCGGAGUGCAGGGAAUACUAAAGACACAGACUGUUGAGGAAAUGAAUAAGUGUGCGGUUCAGAACACGGUUACCGAGGAUACCGAGGGUUGGCUCUCUGAGCUUCCGGGACAGAAGAUGCCGAUGAAGUUCACGGCGUGAUUAGGCGAAACUUCACACGAACUGAUGUAUUAGAUAUCUAUGGGUAUGGCUAGAAACUUGGAUUUACGUGUAUAGAAUGCAACCGUUGAAUAAUCGCUUACCCCUAAUAGGGGACUGUGCUUUUUAGGCGACCAGCGCAUUUCGAUAAUUCUUCAUUAGACUGUGGCUUAUUUUAAGGCAUAUCUACAGACCACCAUGUCGUUUUUCAAUGUCUAC